GUGCCAUUGGAUUGGCAAACAGUUUUCUUAGCCAUGGCCAUUCUGAGCCUGAAGCAGCUGGUGAUCCUUCUACUCCUCGUCCUGACGGGCGUGGCAUGUAAGAGUCAGAUACGGGUUAAAGUCAAGAAGAGUUCUCAUCUGAUGGUCAAAGUCAGUGAGAUUCUGUGCAAGGCUCGGAUCAAGGUACUGUUCGUGUACUUUGAGAACGUCAGUUCCCACCAACACACGGGCCAGAUUCUUCAAGAGGUAACCAAAUGCAACAUAUCCUACAUUUCCCUAAGGAACCAACUGAAGCCUCUUGAAGCCGUCAAGGAUGAUGGAAUCCUCAUGUAUAUGACCAUGAUCAUCACGAACAUCUCACAGCCCCUGGAACUGUCUCUCAUCCGUAAAAAAUCAGCCGCCAAACACUUGUCCCACGUAUUCCUUCUCGUCAGAGAUGCCAAAACAGUUUCCGAUGCGUGGAUGCGAGCCAGUUUCCGGCAGUUCUGGAAGAUCUGGCUGCUGAACAUCGUCAUCCUGUACUGGCGGGAUAAACGCCUUCAUGCGUACCGAUAUAAUCCGUUUACGGACAAUUAUUUGAUUCCCGUGGAACACGAAGCAGACGGACUGCCGACAAUGGCGAAGCUCUUUCCCAAAACCAUUCCCAACAUGCAGCGGAAGCCGCUUAGGAUGUGCAUCUACAAGGACGAUGUGCGGGCGAUCUUCUUUAGGCAGGGCAUCAUCCUUGGAACCGAUGGACUUUUGUCCAGCUAUUUGGCCGAGAGGCUGAACGCCACCAUGAUGAUUACCCGGCCGCACUCCUACAAUAACCACAACCUCAGCUCGGACAUCUGCUUCCUGGAGGUCUCCAAGGAAUAUGUGGACGUGGCCAUGAACAUACGCUUCUUGGUGCCCGACACUUUCAAGAAGUUGGCCGAGAAUACCGUGUCCCACAUGCGCGAUGAUCUCUGUGUGAUUGUUCCCAAGGGAAAACCGGCCCCCACCUUCUGGAACAUAUUUCGAUCGUUCGGCCCAUUGGUCUGGGGCCUUAUUCUUGCUUCUGUUAUCCUCGGAAAUAUAUUCUGUUACAUACUGCAGUCGGGGGCGGGUGGGGUGCCGAUGCAGCUUUUUGCCGGGGCUCUAACCAUGCCCCUGACCAACAUUCCCCGAAACCAUGCCACUAGGCUGUUCCUAAUCUUCUGGCUAUACUUCGGCCUGCUCAUCUGCUCGGCCUUCAGGGGGAAUCUGACCAGCAUGAUGGUCUUUCAGCCGUAUCUGCCGGACAUCAAUGGCCUGAGUGCCCUGGCAAAGUCCCACUACCCCAUUCUGAUCCGCCCCAGACACCUGAAGCACAUCCAGCACUUUCUUUCUCUGGGCCACCAACACGAAGCUAGGAUUCGGGAACUGAUGAGGGUGAUGUCGGACACCGAGGUAUACGAAAUGCUGGAAAACAACAAUCGGGACUACGCCUAUCUGGAGAAAUACCACAUCGCCCGCUUUCAGGUCAACAACCGGAUACACAUGCAUCUGGGACGCCCUCUAUUCCACCUGAUGAACAGCUGCCUGGUGCCUUUCCACGCCGUGUACAUUGUGCCCUAUGGAUCGCCCUACCUGGGCUUCCUGAACUCCUUGAUCCGGAGCUCCCAUGAGUUCGGUUUCGAACGCUACUGGGACCGUAUCAUGAACUCGGCUUUCAUCACCUCGGGAACAAAGGUUGUGAAUAGAAGGCGCGGAAGGAGCAGCGAUGAUCCAGUUGUCCUGAAGCUGGCGCACUUUCACGCCGUCUUCUCACUGUGGCUGGUGGGGAUCGGAAUGGCAUGCAUGGUGCUGCUCGGAGAACUCGUGACCCACAACUGGCGCAGGGUCUUGGCAAAGCUAUUGCAUAAGCUCUCGGGCGGCGGCAUGCAACACGCAACGAGCGGAUUGGGGCACUAA